AUGCAAAUAAGCUAAUCGAGCCUCCGACACUCCUUCGUUUACCUCAUCCCCCGGCUGUCUGAGAUCAACGAGGCAUUACUGUCACCAUCAUUCACUAUACACAAAAUUAGGCCUGUAAUUUUCAGACAUGGCGACUUUUAAAGCGCUAGGUAGAGCGGAGAAUGUGAUCCUCAGGAACGUGACAGCGACGAUCAAGACCAACCUCUUGCGAUUCCCCGUUGGCAAGACGUGCGGCUGUUACUUUUCCACAUCAAGUCAACGGUCCGGACGAUUUUAUUCGGACCCCCUAGAUGCUGUCAAAGAUAUUCCUAACGGAGCAACCAUUCUUGUGGGAGGUUUUGGGCUAUGUGGUAUUCCAGAGAAUCUGAUAAACAGUUUGCUGAAGACCGGAGUGAAGAGCCUGACCGCAGUCAGCAAUAAUGCAGGAGUGGAUGACUUUGGCCUGGGCCUGCUCCUUCGGACCAAACAGAUCAAUCGUAUGAUCUCAUCAUAUGUGGGGGAGAAUGUGGAGUUUGAGAGGCAGUAUCUCUGUGGUGAGCUGGAGGUGGAGUUGACCCCACAGGGCACGCUCGCUGAGCGGAUCAGGGCCGGUGGCGCAGGUGUGCCUGCCUUCUUCACUGCCACAGGCUAUGGCACACUCAUCCAAGAGGGAGGCUCUCCUAUCAAAUACAACAAGGACGGAACCAUUGCCAUCGCUAGUGAACCCAGAGAGGUGCGUGAAUUUAAUGGCCGACACUUCAUCAUGGAAAAAGCCAUUACGGGAGACUUUGCUCUGAUCAAAGCCUGGAAAGCGGAUAGGGCAGGAAAUGUCAUCUUCAGGAAAACAGCGAGGAACUUCAACCAGCCCAUGUGCAAGGCAGCCAAGAUCACAAUUGUAGAGGUAGAGGAGAUUGUCGACGUGGGCACGUUUGCAGCAGAGGACAUCCACAUCCCCAGCGUGUACGUCCACAGGAUCGUCAAGGGAGAUGUCUAUGAGAAACGGAUUGAGAGGCGUACAGUAAAGAAAAGCCAGGCUGAAAAUCCCAAACCCAAAAAAGACUCUGAUAUUGUGAGAGAGAGGAUUAUUCGCAGAGCUGCGCUGGAGUUUGAGGACGGGAUGUACGCUAACCUGGGCAUUGGAAUCCCCAUGCUGGCAAGUAAUUUCAUCAAACCAGAUAUUACCGUCCACCUGCAGAGUGAAAAUGGCAUUCUGGGGCUGGGCCCCUAUCCACCUGUGGAAGAUGUUGAUGCAGAUCUUAUCAAUGCUGGUAAAGAAACUGUCACAGUUCUUCCUGGAGCAGCCUAUUUCUCUAGCGACGAUUCCUUUGCCAUGAUCAGAGGGGGUCAUAUCAACUUGACCAUGUUAGGAGCCAUGCAGGUAUCCAAAUAUGGAGAUUUGGCCAACUGGAUGAUUCCGGGUAAGAUGGUGAAAGGCAUGGGAGGGGCAAUGGAUCUAGUGGCCAGUGCUGGAACUAAAGUGGUUGUUACAAUGGAGCACUCUGCUAAGGGUGGUAAACACAAGAUCAUGGAGAAAUGCAAUCUACCUCUGACCGGAAAACAGUGUGUGGACCGUAUCAUCACAGAAAAGGCGGUAUUCGAUGUGGACAAGAAUAAAGGUUUAACCCUGAUUGAGGUUUGGGAGGGUCUGACACCAGCUGACAUUCAGAAAUGCACAGGGACAGACUUUGAGGUCUCUCCUAACUUGAAAUCAAUGCAGCAAAUUUAACAAAUUUAGGUAAAAUGCUUAAUUUAGUUCGGACGGAAACCAAACACUUGUUAAAUCCCCAACUCAACUACUUUUAGGUCUUCAACUGAAGAUUUGCUUGGAAAUUUCACUGAAACGUAUACAAAACAAAUAUUUACAAAGGUCAUCGAGCCAUCACAGUAAAUUUAUCUGUUCAAAAAAAGUCCAUGAAUGUACAAUAGUCUGAAUGAUUGUUUUAGCAAACAUUAAUUUAUUUAGUGAAAACAAACGUUUUGUUAGAAUAUUGAAUACAGAAUGUUGUCAAUAGGUUAAACAAUAAGUAUAAUCACACAAAACAAUCCAUCUGCAAUUCAUAAUUAAAACCGGUUUGCUAUUAGAUUCAACUUUACAGGUCUAAGGCCUUAAAUGUUAUGUUCACUGUGUGUACAUAUUUGAACUAAGCAAUAAAUGUCUAUUAAUGACCUGGACAAAAAAAACCAUCUUGUGUUUUUAUAUUAAUGUACUGCAGUUUAUUGUUAAACCCUCAUAAUUUAAUUUUAAACUUAAUUUAUUUAUUAGUACACAAAAGAUUUUAAGCAGAAUAGGCUCUUUUACAAUGACGUCAGUUAACUUGCUAUCCUCAAAACCCCUCUUACCUUCGCACUGGGGACAUCAUGUGAAAUUGUUGUAACAACUUGAAAUAGGAAAGUUAAGAGUAAGCCUAAUGAUGAUUAUUCAUUGAUGCGGUUGAGAUCUUUUGGUAGCAAUGUUGAUUCUUUCCAUUCUGUAACUGCAAAGGGAAGUAAGGGGUGGUGAUGGCGCAGUGGAUAAGACACAUGCCUUUGGUAUGAGCAACAAGGGUUCGAAUCCAUCGUGAGUCACCAAUGUGUCCCUGAGCAAGACACUUAACCCCUUGUUGCUCCAGAGGCGUGCGACCAUUGACAUAUUUAGCAAUUGUAAGUCGCUUUGGAUAAAAGCGUCAGCUAAAUGAAUAAUGUAAGUAGGCUAGCUAGCAGCAACUUUAACACCAAUGUUAUUGUCUAUUGUCUGUCCGAGUUGUAUGACAACGAUUACAUUUCCACAAAUUCUGUUAUUUGGAAUAACAAGAAUAUUGUGUUUAAAAACGAAUUUGUGUUCAUAUGAGUUAUUUUAGAGCAAUCAGAUUUAAAAGUAUUUCAUCCACAUACAGUAUAAUACUCUGAAGAAUUAAUGGUGUGAAGAUUUGAGACUAUUACAUCAUACCAUUUUUAACCAAGCUGAUGCAAUAUAUUGAGAUAAAAUAAGAAAGUAUAGAAUAGAAUACAUUUUUUUUUUCAUUUAAUGUUAUUUCCUAGAUAAUUUAUUUGGAUAAUUUAUUCUGUAACAGUGAGACUACUGUGUAAAUCCUCUGUAUAUUUUGUGUUUGUGACGUUCUUGUCCUGCUAUAAAAAGAAAGAAAAAAAAC